AUGGUGGCUCCGGCCUCGACCGGAGUGAGCCCGAUGGCCAGUCGGCCCUCGAUGGGCCCCCAGCCCACUCGGUCUUCCAGCACCCACCCGUCGCAUUCCCAUAACGUACCCUUGAGCGCUCGAAGAUCAGCACCGCUUGACUUGGCCACUGUAGAACGACGUGGUCAGUCCAAUGCCCCCCGCGAGCCAUCGAAGCGCAUUCGUCCUCACGGCAUCCCCGAGGCCCCGACAUUUCGCCCAACCGAGGAAGAAUUCAAGGACCCCGUGGCGUAUAUCCAAAAGAUUGCGCCCGAGGGGAGGAAAUAUGGUAUCUGUAGAGUGAUCCCUCCGGAUAACUGGCAGCCAUCUUUUGCGAUUGAUACAGAGCGAUUCCAUUUCAAGACCCGUCGACAAGAACUUAAUUCGGUCGAAGGAGGAAACCGCGCCAACAUGAACUAUAUCGAUGGGCUCGCCAUGUUUCACAAACAACACGGGACGAAUUACAGUCGGUUACCCAGCGUCGACAAACGCCCUCUGGACCUCUACAAGCUGAAAAAGGCCGUGGAAACUCGAGGCGGAUUCGAACAAGUCUGCAAAACCAAAAAAUGGGCAGAGAUUGGUCGCGACCUAGGAUAUAGUGGAAAGAUCAUGUCAUCCCUGUCAACCUCGCUCAAAAACUCCUACCAGCGUUACUUGCAGCCGUACGAGGAAUACCUUGCUCGGGCUAAGCCUGGCGUUCAGCAGCAGCUUGAGAUGGAACAUGGUGGUCCCUUUACCCCGUCCCCGAGGAACUCUCCUAUGCUCAAGAAGCCGAUCUUGGACGAAAAUGGCACCCCUUCCAAACCGCGCGAGGAAACACCGUUAAUGCGAAUGCAGCCAGCUGCGAGUACUCCAAUGAGCAAUGCCGCCGAUAUGCCCACCCCGUCCGUCGAACCUACGCCCCCUCCGCGCCCGGCACCCUCUGGUUUUACUCCUGUGAAUUCAGGCCUAGGUGGUUUUACUGCUGUUAACCACUCUCCUGCCAUCAGUAAUUCCCCUGCCGUUGCGAACUCCCCGGGUUUUGCGGGGGUUAACAACGGCCCUGUCAUCAAACACGAAGGGGAGAAUGGAACAGCGACACCUAAGACUGUCGUUGAUCACCCCGCCCAUUCGACCCCUGUUCCGAAUGGUCAGGCCAGUCAGCCCAUAAAGCGCGCGAUUAGCCAGGAUAGCGGCUCUCAGGCCGACAUUGGGGAUGACGAAGGCAGUGGCCGGCGAAGCAAGCGCCUCAAGAAAGGUAUUCUACGUGCUUUAGGCGUAUCCCUUGUCUCAUCUCAUAGCUCAUGUCCUUUUCUAGAUGGUGCCCCGACUGUGGCAGGCUCACAUAUGUCUCUUCUCCGGCCCUCACUGCCGAAGCCGCGUAAGGACGGUGCGCUGCGGACCGGCGAGAAAUGCGAGUCAUGUGGCAAGUCUGAUGAACUUUCGACCAUUCUCGUGUGCGAUAGUUGCGAACUCGGGUACCACAAAACCUGCCUCGAUCCGUCUACCACAGCUCCUUCAGACUAUGAUUGGCAUUGCCCCAAGUGUUUAGUGGGAACUGGCGAGUUCGGAUUCGAAGACGGAGGUGUUUACUCGUUGAAGCAAUUUCAAGAGAAGGCGAAUGACUUCAAGAAGCGAUAUUUUGCGUCCAAAAUGCCAUUUGAUCCCGUUCUCAACACCCAUCGACGAGAAACUGAGGACGAUGUGGAGGCCGAAUUUUGGAAGCUCGUGGUGGAUCUACACGAGACGGUUGAGGUCGAGUACGGCGCUGAUAUCCAUUCUACAACUCACGGCAGUGGAUUCCCCACCAUUGAACGAAAUCCACUUGAUCCUCAUUCCUCCGAUCCUUGGAACUUGAACGUUCUUCCCUUUUAUGGUGAUUCGCUCUUCCGUCACAUCAAGUGCGACAUCUCUGGUAUGACCGUGCCUUGGGUUUAUGUGGGAAUGUGUUUCUCUACCUUCUGCUGGCAUAACGAAGAUCAUUAUGCCUAUUCUGCAAACUAUCAGCAUUUUGGAGCGACGAAGACCUGGUAUGGCAUCCCCGGAGCCGAUGCUCAGGCAUUCGAAGCAGCUAUGCGCGAGGCAGUUCCGGAGCUUUUCGAAGGCCAGCCCGACCUUCUCUUCCAACUCGUUACUUUGAUGCCACCAGACAAACUACGGAAAGCCGGCGUCAACGUCUACGCGUUGGAUCAGAGAGCUGGUCAAUUCGUUCUGACAUUUCCGCAGGCAUACCAUGCCGGCUUCAACCAUGGGUUUAAUUUCAACGAAGCGGUUAACUUUGCUCCCGCAGAUUGGGAGCCCUGGGGCGCAGCAGGAGUGGAGCGUCUCCAGACAUUCCGGAGACACCCAUGCUUUUCCCACGACGAACUACUUUUCACAGCCGCUGCUCGAGAUACAUCCAUCACAACCGCCAAGUGGCUGGCACCUGCACUUGAGCGAACUUGCCAUCGGGAACUCGCCGAUCGAGCAUCGUUCCUGAUCCGCCAUCGGGAGGCCAUGCCCCACAAUUGUGGUAUCGGCACCACAGCCCCGACAGGUGAAUGUCAGCUUAAGUUCGUAGUGGAAGAGGAGGAUCUCCCGGAGGAUGAUUACCAGUGUCAGCACUGCAAGACCUACACUUACCUCACGCAGUUCCGUUGCCACAAAUCGGGCAAGAGUCUUUGCUUAUUGCAUGUGGAGGCUUACGACUGCUGUGGUGAGUCCCUUCCCCAAAAGCUUCUCGGGCCAGGUCACACUUUGCGCUACCGUGCGAGUGAUGACGAGCUCAAGGCGGUGGUCCAAAGGGUCCAGGAACGAGCCAGAAUCCCCGAGAUAUGGGGAGAAAAGCUUGAUAAGACCUUGGAGGAUGAGCCCAAGCCUCAGCUGAAGGCUCUCCACCACUUGCUCAGUGAAGGUGAGAAAAUCCCAUACCACCUGCCUGGCCUCCAAGAUCUUGCGGCCUUCGUCCAGCGUUGCGAUAAAUGGGUUGAGGAGGCGAACAACUACAUCACCCGGAAGCAGCAAAACCGCAGAAAAAACGAAAAAGCCUGGCGCAAGGCUGGCUCCAAGGCGGCGCAGCUGGACGAUCGUGAUCGUGAAGUCCGCAGAGUAGAGAGUAUAUACGCCCUUCUGGCAGAGGCUGAUAAACUUUCCUUCGACUGUCCACAGAUGGCGGCUCUGGAAGAGAAGACCCGCGAGAUCGAAAAAUUCCGCCAGGAUGUUAACGCUGCCCUGAUGAACCCGCAUACCCGAUCGACCCAGGAUAUUGAGGAACUCGUCGAGUCCGGCCGACAUUUCAACGUGGAGAUCCCGGAAGUCGAACACCUGGAGAAAAUCGUACAACAACUGAAAUGGACCGAAGAAGCCGCUCGCAGACGCGACAAAUAUCUCACCCUUAAGGAUUGCCAGGAGAUUAUUGCCACAGGACAACAGUUAGGCCUUUCUGACACCAAUGAGCACCUACUCCAUUUCAAGGAACUCGGUCGACUCGGCGAAGCUUGGGAAACCAAGGCCAAGGAAUUGAUGGCGGUCGAAGCCGUACACUACCAGCAGUUGGAAGCUCUCUCUGCGCAAGCUACCCGCUUCCCGGUUUCCCCUGACAUUCUUGCUGCUGUUGACGCUAUCUUGACCAAACAGCGAGAAGCACAGAAACGGAUACAGACUCUUUACGAAAAGAGCAAAGACCCCGAUUUGAGAAAUCGACCUGUCUACAAGGAGGUUCGUGAACUCACCGAGUCUCUUGAACAGCUCAACAGCCGGCCAAUCGGGGCCAUCGACCUGGAACGUGAACAGAAACGACACGAGGAUUGGAUGAGAAAGGGCAAAAAGCUGUUUGGCAAGGCCAACGCUCCCUUGCACAUCUUGAAAUCCCAUAUGGAGUAUGUGGCGAAACGAAAUUCUUACUGUUUCGACCUGGACGAUAGCUACCGUCCCCCGGUGGAACCUUCAUCGCGAGACAAUACCCCUGAGGGUUUGCUGGAGAAUCCUAAUCCCAACGUGUCCAAUGUGUGGGGUCCGAAGUCUCGCAAGCGGGAUGUCUUUUGUAUUUGCAGGCAUUCGGAAGCCGGGAUGAUGAUUGAGUGUGAAGUUUGCCAUGAAUGGUACCACGGGAAAUGUUUGAAGAUCGCGCGAGGCAAAGUCAAGGAGUUUGACAAAUACACGUGCCCUAUCUGUGACUGGCGUCAGAAGAUCCCUCGGGAUGCAGCGCGUCCCAAAUUGGAAGACUUGCUUGAUUGGCAGGCCGAGAUCGCCACCCUUCCUUUCCAGCCUGAUGAGGAAGAGGUAUUGGACAGCAUCGUCAACCAGGCGACUGCGUUCCGUGAUUUCCUUCAAGGCUUCACCAACGCUGCCUGUACGACCACCGAGGAAGUUCCCACUUUGAUUUUCUAUUUGCGGAAGAUUGAAGGCGCCGAGGUCCUAUUGACCUACGAGACCAAUUUCUUCCGACAGGAGAUUCAUAAGUGGGCGCCUGUUGCACCGGAGCCACCACCAAUUCUGGACCAGUCUCUCUCAACCAGGAAACCUCGACCCACCAAGCAGCAAAAGAUCAUGGCACAACUUGGUGUUGAGCGUCCUGAAGAUCUGCCAGAACAUCUCCGAGCGAAGCAUAUGGCCGCAAAGCGCAAGUCGGUCGACAUUCAAAGUCAGCCUCAAACCACUCCCCGACCUACCUCUCUGCAGCCGGCUCCGCCAACCCCAGGUAGCAACCAGCCUACUACCACUGGACCGACGUUAACUCCCAUGUCGGACUCGAACAACAAUACUUCUUAUCCUUUCUCUGCCAACUACUCCCUACCCGCCAGGGAUUCAACACCGGCAUUCGCGCCUACAUCUUCAUUUUUGCCUCAUGUUGCCGACGCUUCCGAAUCCCCCUCUUUCCUACCACGCUCUCCCACUCCCCAGCAGGGCAUUGAGCCUCCUCUCUUCGACCGUGAUCCUCAAUUUGUCAGCAGUAGCCCUCGUCCGAACAUGGACGAGAUGUUUGCAGACCUUACCAAUCAAGACAUCGAGCCUGAGCCGGAGGCUAUGGAGAACACUCAUGCCAAUGAGGCGCUAGAGGCUCUCAAUGCUAGCAAUGGCAGUAGCCGGGCCCCCUCUCCGCAUGACGAGUCUGCUCCAAAUGGCGAUUCUCAUAACGCGGAUCUCCAUGAUGCCUCGGUCUCCAAAAUAGCGGCGGAGUCGUGA